AUGAGGCCAUGUUGGGAGCUUACCAUCAGUUGUGAUAGAAGUAUUAACACUUCCGUGCGUGCCUGUGUGCUAAGUCACUUCAGUCAUGUCUGGUUCUGUGACCCAAUGGACCGUAGCCCGCCAGGCUCUUCUGUCCAUGGGGAUUCUCUGGGCAAGAAAAAUGGAGUGGGUUGCCAUGCCCUCUUCCAGGGUGUCUUCCCGACCCAAGGAUCAAACCCACUUCUCUUAUGUCUCCUGCCUUGGCAGACAGGUUCUUUACCACUAGUGCCGCAGACACUGGCAAACGCUACAUGUCAGGGCUGUUUCUUCCCCCAGAGAGCUGGCAGUUAA